CCUUACUUUUCUCUCUCCCGAACCAGCUUCCUACCCAAACCAGCCGGCAGCCACAAUCGCUAGCCAUCAUCGGCAAUUAUACCCUUCUACACGCCUACGCCUCUACUUCCAACAAUCAUACCCUUCUGCACGCCUACGCCCCUACUUCCUGUACUCCUAUGCCCCAUGCACACCUCUUGCACCCCCCUCUUUUGCACCGAGCCCGCCCCCCUCUUUUACAACCCUCUAUACCUCUGCUGCUACACCGAGCCUGCGCCCCUCUGCCCUGCUACGCCUCCUACAUUUGUGCCCCCAAUCCUGUCCUGUCCCUCUGCACUCUCGCUUGCGAUAGUCCUGUUCUUGCCUCACCUACAGAAAAAAACAACGCAUACCAGAUAAAAUCGACUACAUCAGUGAUUGUUGGAGGAAGUUUUUAUUUUAUUUUUAUUUUGUUUUAUUAUUUGGGUAUAUAUAUAGAAAAAAAAUCAGAUCAAGGGGGGUCCUUUUUCUUUCUUUUGGCUGAUUUUGGGAGUCUUCGACUGGGUUUUCGAGAGCGGUAGAGAAAGAGGGAGAAGUUCGAAAAGAAAAAAAGAGAUCUAGUUUUGGAGAGAAUGGUUUUUGUUUUUGAGGUUCUAGAGAAUUCUGGAGAAUUUUUGGAGGAGGGUUCUUUUUUUGGGUUUUUCUUUUCGGAGUUUUUCUUCUUCUUCUCAUCACGAUGAAAAAAAAAGAAAAAGAAAAAGAAAGAAACAGAAGAGAGAAGUCCGAAAGAGAAGAGGUCUGAGGCAGAAGAAAUUCUGUUUGGGAAGAGCAACAGUGUCAAAAAUAGUGAGGUGGAUUGGGAGCUCCAUUUUUUUGGGUCUUCAUUGUCAAUAGGUACAAUUCUGGAACAGAGGAUUUUUUUGUGGGAAAAUGGAGAAGGAAAUGGUGGAAGCUUGAUCCCGUGGGUGAGAUUCCUUCCAUCAAAUCUAGAUCUGUCUUCCUCUAAAAAAUCCACCGUGUUUGCUUUGUUUUUACCUUCUCUGUUGAUGUUUUCAUGUUCUUUUAUUUAGAUAUGAUGUUAAGUUUAUGUAUGUUUUUUCUUGGAAACGAAAAAUGAAAAAAAGGAAAAAAUCAAGGAUUGUCCUGUUU